AUGCGGACAACGAACGAGUGGGCCGACCCGAACUGUUCUCGAGACAAAUCGGCCUCGAGCUCGCGACACCCGAAGGGGUCGUCGUGGAAGCUCUGCAACGCAUACGGGACAAGUUGCAGCAUCCAGCAUAGCUACGGAUUCGAGUAAGUGACUUCAUGAACUGUGCUCUAGGUGUGGGAUUGUUCAGGAGCUAAUGGAAAACUACCAAACAGCAAUUCCCUUCAACACGUCUUCGUUGAAUGUCAACCCUCGAGUUGCUUUCCUCCACCAUCAAUUGGGGACUGCAUUCGUGAGUUUCACGUGACAUUGGCUGUGCGGGCAGGUAUGACGGAAAAUCUGAUAUGAAAAACAGACAGUGUAUCGUCAGUGACAGGAGGUGACCCUAUCCCCGGAAAGCGGGGGCACCCACCGUGGCCUGUCUGGGAAAACGACAUCGAUGCCCACAAACACCCCAUAUUCUACAACAACGCUCGCGAAGGAAGCAGGCCACGGGAAAAUGCAGCGGAAGGAUUGACUUUGUACGGUUGAGAAUCCGGGUCCAUGGGACACUAGAUGUGAGUCUUCAUUGUCAUUGGUACAGAUGGACAACAGCAAGAAUACUGACAGUUGUAAUCAACAAAUCACGCAGAAAAACAGGCUCGGGUUCCGUGGAUUGCGGCUCACCAUCCCGUGGCAGAACCUCAACGGCUCGGUUCGGGGGAGUGACCGUCGUGUUGGCAGGUAUGUGCCAAUCUUUCAAAACCAAAAUGCAGGGCAACAUGACUAACUGACCAGUUGGACUGUAACAUCACAGGGGUUCCGAAGCGAUGCCUUCCCGUUAUUCCACGUCAUCGCCUGCACAAAUUGUCGACGCUUGCAUCAUGAAUGGCGACUUCUGGGGGGAUCUCUCUGUAAGUAGUAGUCCUUGCCUGACUUUUAGACCAACAGCCCACGGUGCGAGCGCAGACAGACAUGCGUCUUCUGGCCGCUGCAGACCGCAUGACCGGAACGGAACGGGCAAAGGCAAAAUGUCGAUAGGCGAAAAAGUCGAAUACUUCCGAGAUCGAGCAAUUCUGGCGCCCAAAGAUUCGCAGGUGGAUCAGAUCAACGACAUGGUGCUCGACCUGCUGCCGGGUGACGCUCAAACGUUCUACAGCCCGGAUUCGGUCGACGAAAACGAAGACGAAUCACUGUUCUCGAUCGAGUAUCUUCAGAGUCUCAACAUCGUCGGGAUGGCGUUGCUCCACAAUCGACGCGGGUCUUGA